AUGCCGUCUCUCAAGUACAUCUCGACGAGGGGAGGAGACGAGAAGCUGAGCUUCGAGGAGGCCGUUCUCCGUGGCCUGGCACCCAAUGGCGGUCUCUACAUCCCCGCACACCUCCCCCAUCUCCCCGAAAACUGGGAGCAAGACUGGGCGAAACUGUCGUUCACCGACCUCGCGCUCGAACUGUACUCGCUCUUCAUCUCUGAAAAGGAGAUCCCGCGCGACGACCUCCGCGACCUCAUCGAGCGCUCGUACUCGACCUUCCGCCACGAGCAGGUCACCCCGAUCCACCGCACCGGCGACAAGGAGUUUAUCCUCGAGCUCUUCCACGGCCCGACUUUCGCCUUCAAGGACGUCGCCCUGCAGUUUGUCGGCAACCUGUUCGAGUAUUUCUUGGCGCGGAGGAACGCUGGCAAGCCCGAGGGCCAGCGGGAUCGCUUGACGGUCGUCGGCGCGACGUCGGGCGACACGGGUAGCGCCGCCAUCUACGGCCUGCGGUCCAAGAAGGACAUCUCGAUUUUCAUCCUGCAUCCGAAGAACCGCACGUCGCCGAUCCAGGAGGCGCAGAUGACGACCAUCCUCGACGACAACGUGUUCAACCUCGCCGUCGACGGCACCUUUGACGACUGCCAGGACAUCGUCAAGAGCCUCUUCAACGACAUGGAGUUCAACUCGCGCUACCACCUCGGCGCCGUCAACUCGAUCAACUGGGCGCGCAUUCUCGCGCAGACGGCGUACUACUUUGCGGCGUACUUUGCCGUCCAGUCGCAGAUCCCGUACGACGUCCUCGAGCCCAAGAUCCAGUUCUGCGUCCCGACUGGCAACUUUGGCGACGUCCUCGCCGGAUGGUACGCCAAGCACCUCGGCCUGCCCAUGGCCAAGCUCGUCGUCGCGACCAACGCCAACGACAUCCUCGCGCGCUUCUGGAAGACGGGCCGCUACGAGAAGGCCGACUCGGGCGAGCCCGAGUACUUUACCGACGACGAGGACGACACGGAGGAGGUCCGCCCGUCGCGCUACCCGGGCUUGACGGAGGACGAGGCGUUCAGGAGGCAGCAAGAGGCGGUCGCGCAGUCGGUCCAGCUCAACGGCGCGAGCGACGGCAAGCAGGCGCUCGGCAACGCGUUCCGCUCGCCGUCGGCCGUCAGGCGCGCCGCCGCCGCCGCAGGCACCGUCGCCGAGACGCUCUCGCCCGCGAUGGACAUCCUCGUCUCGUCCAACUUUGAGCGCCUCCUCUUCUACCUCGCGUUGGAAGGCACGACUGCUGGCGCUGUUGCUGCCGACGGCGAGGUCGACGGCGGACAGGCCGCGCGCGUCCGCAUGGCCGCCGAGAACGUCAGGGUCUGGAUGGACAAGCUCAAGACCGAGCACAAGGUCAAGGUCCCGCGUGCGUGUGUCGAGGCGGCCAGGAGGGACAUGAUUGCCGACCGCGCGAGCGACGACGAGACCAGCGAGACCAUCCGCAAGUACUAUGCCAAGAAGGACGAGUACGGAUCCUACGUCGUCGACCCCCAUACGGCCGUUGGUCUCUCGGUCGCCAACCGCGUCGCCAAGGAGAACGACCCCAAUAUCAUCCAGGUCGUCCUCUCGACCGCGCAUCCCGCCAAGUUCGACGGCGCCGUCUCGAGCGCGCUCGCCAACGAGCCCGGCUUCGACUUCAAGCGCGACGUCCUGCCCAAAGAGAUGGAAGGCCUGCUCGAGAAGCCCCGCCGCUGCAAGGACGUCAAGAACGACAGGGAGGCCGUCAAGAAGGUCAUCGAGGAGGAGGUCGGCCGUUUGUUCGCGUCGCAGACGGUGGGCGCGUCGGGACUGUAG